AUUCAACGAAUAUGUCCUGAAUGGUCAGAUCAUUCUAUACUUCAUGUCAAGUUUACAAUAGGAGAAUCGCCAACAGGGCCGGGAUUAUGGAGAGCCAAUCCAGCUUAUGUCAAACACGGUGCACUACAAGAACAGAUAAGCAAAAAAGCAAUACAGAUAAUUAACCAAUAUAAACAUGACCAAAACACUUCGGCUGCUGAAAAAUGGG